GAAAGUCCUGAGGGAAAGAGUCCUGGACUGGAGGAAGGCGAAAACGGACAGCAAGCCGAGCUGGACGAAGAUGAUGACGCAGCAGAGGCGGAGCGCGAACUGGAUCUACUAGCAAAGGAGCAGGCAGCGACAGCAAAAGAGAGCACAGCCACAGCGAAGGCAAAAGUGGCUGGAACAAAUCACUCAGCGCCAACAAAACCUAGGAGUGACGCUGGGUCGUUCGAUGAAGACACGGGAAAAGAUCUUCCGACUUUUGACGACAAUGAAAAAGCCAACGGAGAGGGAGACGGUGACGAGAAGUCUGCUACUAAUGACGCUGACAAGGACGGAGAAGACGAAGACGCGACUGCUUUGUCCCAAGACGAUGCCAAUGGCAAAACCAGUGGCGAGAAUGCCAGUGGUCCGACAUCUUCCGCUAAAGUUGUUGCAAGGAAGAUGACUCCCUUUGAGCGUGCGCGCGUUGCUGAGGAGAGGAUCCACCGCGGUUUUGAUCUAUCUUCUUUUCGAGCACGACUGCAGGAGGAAGCGGAUCCGGAGGCUCCUUCACGGCGGGCUCCACGAUGGACAGGCGAUCUAGACUUGCAAG